AUGGGACCAGAAGCAGAAGUUGUUGGUUCUGGGAGCGCUAGGCCAGUUGUAAUGUCUACUCCUGAUAACAAACCUCAUGGUAAGUCUCCCUUAGCUGAGAUUCCUUUUAAUUAUGCUAAUUUUAUCUUUUCUACUUCAUCUACUCCUCUCAAACCCACUCCAACACCAUCUAUUUCAAUUCCUUUUGGAACCAUAUCCAACCCCAAACAAAAACAACCUAUUAUAUAUGAAACAACCACUACUUCUGCACCAAUAACAUCUGAAACCACUGUGACUGAACCACCACAAAUACCACCAACACUUCUCUCUCAAAUUAUAAAUCCAACUAAAAAUACAACAUUCGAACAACCCCCCACUAUAACCAAUGAACAACCAUAUGAACCAACACAACCACAAACUACUAAAACAUUCCCCACAGACUCUCAACUAAGUCAACUAAAAAAACCUUCUGAAACCAUCCAUUCCAUUGACACUCACUAUUCUUGA